UGUCAAAGUGGAAAAUGACAUACAAUAUUAAUUAGCGUCUAAUCGCAAAGUAACGUGUUAUCCUUACUAACGUGUUAUCCCAUUUAAUUGAUCGUUCGUAAGUAGAUUCAGAUGUUAUUUGAGAAGUUAUUAUAAAAUAUGCUGCUACACAAAUAAUACUGAAAGGCUUCACGAUGUUUGAAUUGCCAGCAGAAGUGAUAGCUAAGCCUUUAGCUCUGAUAGGUUUGACUGGAUUAGACAUUGCAAAUCCAGUACAUCGCUCUAUCUGGGAUGCAUUCAGCAAUAAUCGUAGACCAGAUUGCGCGGCCAUCCAGUUCAAGCUCCUCGGUUUGGCGAAUUUCCUACUGUCAAGUCAAAGCUCAUACGAAUGGCACAUACCUAAAGGAACUGGAUAAACAAGUUUUUAAAACGGAACUGGAUAAACAAGUAUCUCAAUGACAUUCCUUCUGUGGUUGUUGUGUUCUAUGAUUUAGACUGGAAUGAUCCUUUGUGAAAUGAGAAAAAGAUGGAAUGUGCGUCUAGAGUGCAAUC